UAGUGGUGGUGGUGGUUGUGCUGUUGAUACUGUUUCCGUGUCCGUGUAGUGGUCGUUGUUGCCUCUGUGCAUGAGCCCGCGUGUGUGUGCCUUUUUGAGUUUCUUUGCCUUCUGCUUACUCUCUGUACCUUCGUUUGACGAUGCAUGACGUUAGUUCACUUCGAUAGCUCCACGAGUUUACACGUGAAUAUUUUAAAGUCUCCGCAUAAAUAAGAAAUAAGAAAAAUUCAAUUCAUUCAUUCGCACACAAACACACAUGAAAACUCCCAAUAAAAAUUCAUAAAAAGAAAUAUUAAUAGAAUUUUUAUGUUAAAAUCUUCGAUGGAAUCAAAACAAUCUCAAAUGAAAUUAGAUCAACAAAUUAAAGAAAAAUAAAUAAAAUUACAAGAAAAGAAAUUUGUUAUAAACAAUUGACCGCAAAAGAAAAUCAAAAGCGGCUUUGCUGGAGUUAAGAAAAAAAUAAUAAAGAAAUUUUGCAGCCUCAGAAAACACUAACGGCGCGUUGACGCGUGUGCGGAAUUUUUGCCAAACAAAACAACUGCAAACAGUGUUCAAAACAAUCAUUAACAAACAACAAAAAAAAGUGAUAAUCACAAAACAACAAACAAAAAAACAAGAAUUUGGAAUAAUUUAUAAGCCAGAAGAAGAAAAAAAAUCACAAUAAUAAUAAUUCACAAAUAAUGCAAAUUUAAGAAUCCAACAAAAAAAUUAAAAAAAAGAAAUUCUCAAAAAAUAAACAAAACAAACUUUGUGGAAAUUUAAAAAUAAUUUUCACAAAUUUUAAGCCGUCGGUUUUCUUGUCAACUUGUUGCUAACUUCAAACCUGGCUUGCAAUAACCCCCUGCCGAACUUGAACGCAGUACAACAAUAACCCCCGCCCAACCCAACAUUUGCUCGCUGAACAUUUUCUUCGUUAUCCGUUACCACGCAAGACUUCAAGACGGUUGCCUCACGGUUUGAGUGGAAUGAGCAUAGGGACCCUGGUCUUUCUUUUGACAGAUCGGUUUUCAAAGUCGUUAAACUGAGCCCCAACUUGGAGCCCUACCCCGCCAGCGUGGAGGGCCUGAACAGCCCUAGAGCGGUGGGGAUGGCCGCCACCUCGUACAUGACACCCAGCAGCGGUGAUCUGGACAUGGCAUUGGGUGGUGGUUACCACACCUCAUCGCCCCGUUCGGCAGCGGAUGCCGGCGAAAUGAAAUACAUGCAGCAUCAUCAUCACCAUCACAGUGCGGCAGCAGCGGCGGCGGCCCAUCACCAGUUGCCCUCAUCGCCCAGUCCCAGUACCAUUGGUACCGGUGGUCCGGGCUCGGCUGGACCGGGGGUUUCCGCCGGCAGUCUUAGUUCGGUCACGCCCACAGGUGGCCUGAGCUCCAAUCCCUGGACCGCUUUGCAUCCCUCAGAUCCCUGGGCGUUACAGUCACAUCACACACACCAUCAUCCCGCCGAUGUUAAACAGGAAAUGUCCCAUUUGUCACAACAACAUCGGGUCCAACAGGGCAUGGCCUCACCGCAUGCCUGGCAUGCCCCAGUGCACGCUGCUGCCCACUAUGCUCCCACAGGUGGAUCACCUCUACAGUACCAUCAUGCCAUGAACGGCAUGCUACAUCCUGCCCAUCCACAUCAUCAAGGUGUUGCCCCACUCCAUCAUGCCUUAAGGGGAGAAUCUCCCUCGCUGCCCAUACACCCGCACCACAUGCAUGGUGAUCGUGAUGUUAGCGGCGGCGAAGAAGACACACCCACCUCCGACGAUCUGGAAGCCUUUGCCAAACAGUUCAAGCAGCGUCGCAUAAAAUUGGGUUUCACCCAGGCCGAUGUGGGUUUGGCCCUGGGCACCCUGUACGGCAAUGUUUUCUCACAGACCACAAUUUGCCGUUUCGAGGCUUUACAGCUGAGCUUUAAGAAUAUGUGCAAGCUGAAACCCUUGUUGCAAAAAUGGCUGGAGGAAGCCGAUUCGACUACAGGCUCCCCCACCAGCAUUGAUAAAAUAGCUGCCCAGGGUCGUAAACGCAAGAAGCGCACCAGCAUUGAGGUCAGUGUCAAAGGUGCCCUCGAACAACAUUUCCACAAACAGCCAAAGCCCUCCGCUCAGGAAAUCACAGCACUGGCCGAUAGCUUGCAGCUGGAGAAGGAGGUGGUGAGAGUGUGGUUCUGCAAUAGGCGGCAAAAGGAGAAACGCAUGACACCGCCCAAUACCAUGGGCGGUGAUAUGAUGGAUGGCAUGCCGCCGGGUCACAUGCAUGGUCAUGGUGGCUAUCAUCCUCAUCACGAUAUGCAUGGCAGCCCCAUGGGUACACACAGUCACAGCCACAGUCCGCCCAUGCUUAGCCCCCAGAACAUGCAGACACCCACGAGCCAUCAGCUUGCGGCUCACUAGCAAUCAGAAAUCCAGGAGUCGAACUCAGCAGCAGCUGCGUCAACUCCUGCCUCCCUGCACCAGCAGCAACAACAACAGCAACAGCAUCAACAACACCAGCAACAGCAGCAGCAACAACACCAGCAACAGCAUGGCGGACCCAAUACACCUUCCUCGUCGGCCGGUUCCUCGGCCACAAUGACAACGAAUGUAAUGUCGCCCCAGAGUCCGUUGGGCUCGACAAAUGCUGGCCAGAAUAGCAACAAUAAUAACAACAACAAUGAUAACGAUCACUUGUCACAAGUCAAGCAGCAGCAACAACAACAGCAGCAACAUCAGCAACAAGCUUCCUCCAUUGCAGCUGCCGCCGCCGCUGCCAUGUACAUGGAUCCCAUGCGUUAUCACAAUGCUGCUGCGGCCCAUCAUCAUCAUCACCAGCACCCGCAUCUGAAUCCCGCCCAUCAUCCUCAUCUGUUUCACACCAGCGAUCAGGCACUGCAGCACUCCACGGCGGCUGCCCAUCAUCAACACCUGCAACAGCCGCAGUCUUCACCGGGUGGCGGCAGUAGUAGCGGUGGUGUUUUGCAGGCCCCCUCCUCGGCGGCCUCGCCCUCCUCGGUGUCCUCGGCGCUGGGUGUUAGUGGUGCAGCUGGUAUGCAUCAUUUGAAUUUGAAUCCCCAUUCGCUGCAUCAUCACCAGCAUCAGCAGCAACAUCACCACCAUCACCAGCAGCAACAGCAACAAUUGCAUGCCCGACGCCUUUUCGAAUGGAGUCUGCAAUUCGGGGCGGCCGCCGCUCCUGGAGCGGCAGCGGUAAGACAUUUUAAUUCGUUCGGUGGUUCCGGGGAAUAGCAUCAUACAACGGCUGCUGCUGCGGCAGCAGCUUCCGCUGCAUGGUUUGGCUAUGAAUCGUCCUAGAGUGCGAGCGAUGGGUGUUGGAGAGCAGCAUGGAGAAACAGCAACAACAACAACAACAGGAACCAGGGACAUAAGUGUGGCUGAGCGGAAUGGAUGUCCGGAGUCCUGGCAAAGGGCUUUGGCUUGAAUGCGGCAAAUCUACAGGUAUUUAGCUAAAGGCUUUUGCGUAAGGAUUAAAAUCAUGGUGGUCCAAAGGAACCGGGAUGCCGGGCGGAUAACCCAAUACCAAGCUGUGGCAAAGGAUCAAGCUGAACCAGUGCAUUAGUCUGUGUUAAAAAUUAAGCUAAAAAAAGAUUCUUUCCGUUAUUUUUGUUCUGAAUGUGAGUGAGCUUUUUUUUCUACGGCUACGGCAAAAUUGAAGCACAGAGGAGAGAAGACAAAGAAGAAGAGGUGGAGAGAUAUUUGUAAACUAAUUGAGAAUUCUUAAAGAAAAAUAAUCUGUUUUUUUGUAACUAAAAAAAAAAGUUUUUAAAAAACUUUAUAAAUGUAACUAUAUAUAGCAAAAAAUUAUGGAAAAGAAGAAGAAGAAGGAGAACCAGAAAAAUACUGAGGAUAAAGUUAAAAAUAUAAAUUAAAAAAAAAAAUAGUAGAAAAAAAAUGGAAGGCAAUUCAAAUCAAACGAGUUACAAAGUGAUGUUUUAUAAAAAAAAAAUAAUAUAUUUUUUUUGUUUUUUUAUUUUAUUAUUUUUUAAUUUUUGAUUUUUAUAUAUGAAAAAAAGAGAAAUAAUUAAGGAUUAAGACCUGGUGGCUAAGAAUGGAAAAUGAAAAGAAAAACCCAAAAAAGGAUAAAAAUGGUAAAGGAAAAAUAAAAAAAAAAACAAAAAUUCUCCAAGGAAUGUGAAAAAGUGUUAAAAAGUGGAAAAGAAAAAAUUGAAAUUUAGAAAAAAAAAAAAAAUAAAUAAAAAAAUACAUGUGCCUGCGUCUGUCUCAACAACGGCUGUGGCAAGGUAAAUUCUCAAAUAUUUUUCACAAAUAACACUUUUUAACAUAUUUCCACACUUUAAGAAAAAUUAAAACAACAAGAAGCACACAUUCCAAAAAUUUUUCCCCAAUUUUUUUUUGUUAAAAUUUCGUUUCAUUUUCCCUGCUUAGCCUCCGAGAAAAAAUUAAAAACAAAAAUACAAGAAAAAAAAAAAAAAAACAAUGCCCCCGAAUCCAUAUUUCCCAUUUUCUCUUAGGUUUAGGCCUAAACUUGUGUAUAUAGUUAAGUCAUUAGUCAAUAGGUAAUAUUUUUAAAUUUAAUUAAAAUAUAAUUAAAGAAAAACAACAAAUCUAAUUAUAAAAUAAAAUAAAAAAAUAUUUAAAAAAACAAAAAAAAAACUAUCUUUAAAAUUUUAAUGCAACAACAAAGAGAAUAUUUCAUAGUCAAACAUGGAAGGCAUUUGGGGAAGGAAGGGUCCUACCCCUUUAACGAAUUUUGGAUGGGCCAAUUUCCAUCAUUUUUUUAAAUAGAAAUCUAAAAUUCCAGUAAUGCCAUUCAAAGGGAAAUUUUAACAUAUUUUUGAAAAUAAAAACCCCAACUGAAUUUAGGUAAAAUUUUAUGGAAAAUUUUUUUGGUAGGCAGUAAGUAAGGUAUAACAAAAUUUUGCAUUCCUUUUUUUCUCCCCGAAAUAAGGGAGGGUAAUGUGGGCGGCGGGCAUUAAUUUGCCAAUAGAAUGCCAAUCUAAGUUUGAAAAAAAUAUAUAUAUCCUCAUGGGCUUCUGGCCAAUUUAGGCUCCCACAUUACUCUCCCACAUUUGAAGAGUGUAUAAAAAAUUUAAUUUUCUUAAAUUUUGAGUGUAAUAUUAUUUUUUCUAUAAAUAUUUUUUUUAUUAUUGUAAAAAAACCCAUUUUCUUAAUUUUAAUUAAUUUUCACACACACACACAAAAUUCCUAUAAAUAAAUACAAUUAUUAUUAAAAAUAUGAAAAAAAAAACCAUCUCCCCCCCAAACCCCAAUUUUUUAAGUGUUGAACAUUUGUAAGGCAAACAAGAAACCAGUACAUAAGCUCUAAAUUAAACAUAAACGAUAACAAACAAACAAACAAAAAACAAAACAUUACAAAUAUAUUAAUAAUAACUUAAUGGCUCUACAGAACAAUUUAUUAAUUAUGUAUUUAAAGAAAAAACACACAACAUUCCUUCAAUAAAAUUGUAUAAAAAAAUGAUAGAAAUCAACCAACAAAUCAUACGAUAAAAAACUGUAAUAAUUUAAAUUAAUUAAAUGGUAAAAAAGGAUAUAAAAUAAUACAAAACAACAA